AUGUUAUCACAAAAAGAAUACGACGAUACAUUAUGGAAAUACAACAACAUUCCAAAAUCAAUAACUGGACAACCUCGAAGAAAUAUUCGUCAAGCAUAUCGAAAAAAACUUAUGGAACAUUAUUAUGCUUCAAAUUAUCCACCAUUUGAACCAUCACCUUAUGAAUUAAUUUUUAUUAAUUAUAGAACAACAGAAGAAACAUUAAUUCAAUUAAUUCGAAUUAUUAAUUCAUCUACAUUAUUUAUCAUCGAUACAGAAUCUGUAGGUGUAUACAAAAGGCCCAAUAAACCAGCACUCAUUCAAAUACAAAUCACCACACGUGACUUAAAUUCAUAUAUAUUACUUAUUGAAGUUCAUCAUCUUCCACGAUCACAUGUUUCAACUUUUCUAUUAAUUCAACAACUAUUUGAAUUAUUAUUUCAAGCAAAAAAUAUAAUUUAUGUAUGGGGUGAAAUUGAUGAACUAACAAAAUUUACUGAAUUUAAUUUAUUCACAUAUGAUCAAAUUUAUUUAUCACACAAUAUUAAUUUACAAGGGGAAUUCAAAUUAUAUUGGAAAGAACAUCAUCCACAUAUUUCAACAUCAUCAACAAAUAAUAAAAAAUGUAUAUGUGAAGCAUGUAUUGGCAUACAAGAAAACAAUCCGUGGUCAAUACAAGAUGCAACAGGAUAUGAAUUACACAAAUGGCUAGAUAAACGUCAUACACGUUCACCAUUUGAUAUCGGAUUGGACCCCAAAUUAAUUAAAUUAAAUUCUAGUGAAUUACAAUAUCGUCAAUUAAUAACUUCGUAUGCUGCAAAUGAUUGUGAUGCAAUGUAUCAACUUCUUAUUUCUAUGAAUAUGAUUAAUCAACAAUCAUCACAAUCAUUAACAAUUGAAGAAAAAAUAAAUAAUGAUUUAGAAUUAAUGUUACAUGAUGACAACGAACAUGAACAAGAAUUAUUUGAAGAACAACAAGCUACAAUAACUUCAUCAACAACAACAAAAGCACCAAAUUAUGAAUUACAAAUACUAUCAUUUAAUAAUAGUGAACCUGUUGAAUCAUCAACACAUCCAGAUGAAUAUAUGUCAGAUAAUAAUAAUGAACCACAACUUAUACAAACACCACCUGUUGAACCUAAUCUAAUCAAUACUGAAUCUCAACAACGUACUCGACAAUUAACAAAAGAAGAAAAACAUAAAAUACAUAAUCGUGCAUGCACUCUUAAACAACGUAAACGAUAUUAUCAACAUGAAAUUAAAUGCCGAAAUAUUGAUAAACGAUUUACUAUUCGAAAUAUAAAAGACAUUCUUCGACAACAUCGAAUUUCAUUUACAGCUAUUAAUUUCUCAACAUCAUCCACUACUCAUGAACGUACAUUACGUAUUCGUAUAAAGGAUACAUCAAAAUUAGAAACAUAUGAAGUUCAAAUUAAAACUUUAUUUACCAGUGAACAUUAUCAACAAAUUAAAUAUAAAGUUCAUCAUCAUGCAGGUCGUCAUUGUCGUGAAAAUAAUUAUUAUCGUCGUCGUGCAUCAAAUAAAUCAUAA